GCAAAAAAAAUUAUUGUAGGUUGAAAAGGUAAUAUCAUUGAUAAUUUAACGUCACAAAUUAUGUACUCGAACAGCUUCUUUGACACGGAACUGAAAAUAUUUGAGCUUUAAACCAGCGUAAGCAAUCUGCCGAACAUAUAAGGAUCUUCUACCACAAUGCACCAUGUACAAUUACUACAACUAUUUUUCACGGCAAUUUAGCCUUCAGUAACACCAAAUAAAACUAUAUAGUUUCAAUACAACGAAUAUUUGACAAUUUUGUUAAUAAUAUAACUAAAAUUUAUUAAACUUUAAAAACAUAUUCCGACCGAUAUAUUAAAUCAACUUACGAAGUAUAGUAGAAAGUAGAAACUGAUAUAAAAGCGAAAUAGCAAAAAAGUGUUUCCAACUCCCAAUAUACAUUGAAAUAAUUGCGCAAAGAAAAUAUCGUAAUCAAUGCACUCUGUUGGUGGCGACCUCUAGCGGCUAAACAUAAUUCAUAAAUAAAAUAUUUGCAAGAAAAAAAUAUUAUAUUAUUUACUAUAUUUAAAAACAAACAUAUUCAAUAAAAUUAUAUUAACAAUGCCUCAUUUAUAAAAAAUGUGCUACGUUUUCACAAGCAAUGUUUUGCAGGCUGCACACUCUGUUAUUAGUGAAACUGCUUUAUCGGCUUGAAUUGUCAGUGCCGACAACAUGAGAAAAUUUAUUCCACUGUCAUCGCUCUUGUUCUUGAUAGGCAUUAUUAGCAAAAGUUUUCCAAAAGUCAUCUAGCUGGUUUAAUUUUUCGACCGACUUAACAAAUAUAAAUAGGAAAUAAAUAAAAUGCCAUCACUGGAGGUAAAUGUAAACAAGGUGAUUGUGCACCCACUGGUGCUGCUCUCUGUGGUGGAUCACUUCAACCGUAUGGGCAAAAUCGGAAACCAGAGACGUGUUGUCGGUGUGUUACUGGGUUGUUGGCGUUCAAAAGGAAUUCUUGAUGUCUCCAACAGUUUUGCUGUUCCUUUCGAUGAGGAUGACAAAGACAAGUCAGUGUGGUUUUUAGAUCAUGAUUAUUUGGAAAAUAUGUAUGGCAUGUUUAAGAAAGUAAAUGCACGCGAACGUGUUGUCGGUUGGUAUCAUACCGGUCCCAAGCUACAUCAAAAUGACAUUGCCAUAAACGAGUUAAUCCGGCGCUAUUGCCCCAACUCAGUGUUGGUGAUAAUCGAUGCGAAACCCAAAGAUUUAGGUUUACCAACUGAAGCUUACAUUGCAAUAGAAGAAGUGCAUGAUGAUGGUUCACCGACGAGUAAAACCUUCGAGCAUGUGCCCAGCGAAAUUGGCGCUGAAGAAGCCGAGGAAGUGGGCGUCGAACAUUUGCUGCGCGAUAUCAAGGACACCACAGUCGGUAGCCUCUCACAAAAAAUUACCAACCAAUUAAUGGGCUUGAAAGGCUUAAACGCACAAUUGCAUGACAUAAAAAAUUAUUUGCAACGUGUUGGUGACGGCAAAAUGCCCAUAAAUCAUCAAAUUGUAUACCAGCUGCAAGAUAUCUUUAACUUACUACCCGAUAUCACGAGUGAACAAUUUACCGACACCAUGUACGUUAAAACGAACGAUCAAAUGUUGGUCGUCUAUUUGGCGUCGAUGGUGCGCUCCAUCAUUGCAUUGCACAAUCUCAUCAAUAACAAAUUAACGAAUCGUGACGCGGAGGAAGGUAAAAAGGCCGACAAGGAAGCGGAAAAGGAGAAAGAAAAGAAUAAGGAUAAAGAUAAGGAGAAGGAGAAGGAUGGCAAAGAUGUAAAGGACAAGGACAAAAAAGCCGAUGAUAAAUCUGCUAAAAGCACAGAAGACAGUGGUAAGGGUGGCAAGAAAUAGGAACGAAAGAACAGGAAGAAACCACACCGUAAGAAGAAGAAAAAUAAGAAAAACCAUUAGAGAGCGUAAAUGUUGAACUUACAGCUUAGUUGCAAAAAUAAAAACAAAUGCAAAGAAUUUAUAUGUUAAAGUAAAGAGCAGCAGCCGAAACCAUAAAAGUUAAAUUGCAAAACGAGGAUUCGCACAUUUAUGCAUACACUUCUUCAUGUACAUUUUAAGUUUCGUAAAUGUUACGCAAGUACUUUACUUAAACAAUAUAAUGAAAAUAAAAAUAAAACUUAUAAAUCUAAAUAUAACCAAAACGAAUGCAGUAAAUGUGGUCAUUACGAAAUAAGGAAAUUAACUUACUGUAACGGUUCAAUUCAUUGCACUCAACUAAUUAACGAGAAAUAUGUUUCUACUGCGCUUGCAACUUAAGAUUUUUUCGAUUAACGCUAAUGUUUAUAAUAUCUACAUACAUAUUUAUGUGCAUAAACAACAAUAGUACAAUAUAAGAAAUGUUUUGUAAAAAACGGAAAA